GUUAGUUGUUGGUGUAAUUGUUGUUAUUGUUAUUGUUAUUACUACAAUAUUUGCGGCAUUCGCUCGUAUUUAUUUAUACAUUUUCGUUUUUAUUUCUUUACGUAAAACGGCCAAGUUGAGACACUCCCACAAUUGCAAGAUAACCAAAAGCCAGAGGCGUCGCUUGUGCGUUUGCUUAACGAACUCCCUUCGCCUCUGUCAUUCUGUCUAAGCCACUGGCGAUGUUAGCAAUCGCUUGGCUGUGAUUUCAUGGCACAGCAAUUCACACCGCCAUUCAGUUUGACUUUGCCACUCGCUCCGUUUUGUGCUGAAGCAUUUUGAGGCAGGCAGCCGCCCACGUUUUACAGAAACUAAACACACGACUGACAAUGCGGCAUUUAGUGUUGCUAAUUGGAUUGCUUGCUUUCACGCUGACGUUGGCUAUGCCGUCUUUGGAGCCGGCCAAGCUGGCCAUUGAUGCAGCACCUUCGGUGGUCUCCUAUCAGGGUUCAUCGCAGACACACACACGCUUCGUUAUAGCGCCGAUGGGACGUGCUCUAGGUUAUGUGGAGCCAACGAAUUUGAAUCGGACGUUUCACACAACGCCAACUGAGAUCGAUCAACUGCUUCAGGUCCGUCCUGUCUAUGUGCCCCACUAGCCAUAUUUAUUUUUUCGGUGAAUAGUGCUUUGUAAAUGUAAUUUUACUCUAGUUAGGCUGUGUUCCACAAGCAAGGGAAAUUUUUGUACAAUUGUCAUACGAAAUAAACUCUGAUCUAAAUUACAUUUCUAUCGCUUAUAAUAUGUUUGCCUCAAACUCUUAUAAUACGCGUUUGCCCGCUUCUUCCACUAUGCUUAAAUCUCUGAUUAUGGCGGAGAAUGCAGCUGAGGAAUCUGCUUUGGAGUUCUAUGAGAAUUGCAAUCUUGUGUGGCGUGCUGAAUUCACAGAUCCAACAAUCGCCUCUCCGGGCAUUGGCACACAAUUUCAGCCGCUCAAGAAGAGCAGGAAAGAGAAGUCCUCAGCAUAUGGUGACACUGACUCGGAAAAUAAUCAAAAUGGCUGGACUUGUUUAAACAAUCGCUGUCGCCUCUGAGUUGGCAACUGAACUGACAGAGGGAAAUAGCUGCGCUUUUUAUAUGGCAUAUAUACUAAUGACAACUUGUUGAUCUCUGUCUCUGUCUCUUGCUGCUGGCUGCUUCAAUUGUUUUUAGCAUUUUUAGUUUUGUAUGAAAUAAAUAUGCAUUUUCAUCUUGUUUUCACAA